AUGACCAGCGCAUCCACUGACCUGUACCCUCAAUACUGCUUCCACCUCUCCCCCACGUUCGAUCAAUGGUGCCUGCUCACCGCGGCGACCAUUCACGCCCUCGACACGCACCGCGAGUAUGAAGGUAGGCGUCUCCAUCCACCUUCAUCUUCCCGGGCGGCAAACACUAACAAGGCUCACGCAGGCCAAGGUCUGUUCUUCCACCGCAAUCUUCCCGUGAAAUGGGUACGCCUCGUCGGCGUGGUAGUCGCCAUCGAUGAUGUCUACAACCGUCGCAUCUUCACCAUUGACGACAGCAGCGGCGCCUGCAUCGAGUGUAAUGUUGCCGUCAAAGUCAUCCCUGCCGUACUUCCGGCCUUUGGGGACAAGGAUCCGCUAGCGUAUGCGCCUCGACGACUCGAAUUUCUGCAGCAGGGUUGCGAUGAUGUUGAUGUCGGCGCCGUGGUAGACAUCAAGGGGAGCGUGGCGCUGUUUCGCGAUGAGAAGACGGUCAAGAUACAAAAGGUCAAGAUGGUAAGGUCCACGGCCCAAGAGGUUGCGCUCUGGGAGAAGAGGGAUAAUUCAAGCGCGAUGUGCUGGGGGUGCCCUGGGUGGUGGGUGAGAAGCAGAUGCGACGGUGUCGGCGGGAGGCCGAGGGGCGAAAGAGGAAAGAGAAGCGCGAGGAAAAGGACAGACAGCGACGUGAGGCGGAGAACGGUGAGCCGGUUACAGGGCUGGAGAGGGCCAGUGGUGCAAGGCUGA